UUGUAUAAGUAAAAUUGUGACAAUGCAGAAAGUUAUAAACACCUGUGCAUUGUAUGUAUAUGAUAAAACUAUGAUAACAAUUGUACAAAAAAAAAUAAAAUAAAAACAACGAUCUAAUCGAUCCAAUUUGAAAACACAGUAUUUCUCACUACGAGUAGAUGAUUGUACGAGUUGUUUAAAUUAUCGACAAACAACUUCCGGGAGAGAUGUCUUCGAACGAAAACAUCGAAGGGGAAAUAAAAACUUUGAAACAGAGAGUACACGCAGCAGCCAGAGAUGGGAGGGCUAUUAGUAUAUUUGCAAUGUUAUGGAAUCUUAGUAGUGAUCUUGUAGAUGAAGUCUUGGAUUUUCAUACGAGUGAAAAUGGACAGAUAACAACACCCCUAAUAAUAGCCUGCAGAAAUGGGGAGGAAAAGGUGGUUUCGAUUUUAGUGUCCAAAUUCAAAAUAAAUCUAGAGCAGACUGGGACUGUGAAAUUUGAUGGGUUCGUUUUAGAGGGCGCGACCGCUCUGUGGUGCGCUGCGGGCGCUGGACACCUGGGAAUUGUUAAGCUUCUGUUGGAAUGCGGAGCAGAUGUCAAUCAUGCCACAAAAACAAACUCCACACCACUUCGUGCUGCGUGUUUUGAUGGACGGCUGGACGUUGUACAGUGCUUAGUCGAACAUGGUGCUGAUAUUUCUAUCCCCAACAAAUAUAAUAACACCUGCUUAAUGAUAACCAGUUACAAAGGACAUGCAGAAGUUGUGCGCUAUUUACUUGAAAAGGGAGCAAACCCAGAUUCAACCGCGCACUGUGGUGCCACUGCAAUGCAUUUUGCUGCGGAGUGUGGACAUUUGGAAGUAGUUCAGGAUUUAGUCAGAUUUUAUGGAAAGCAAAUUCCAAAUGAUUAUGGAAUGACGCCUUUAUUAGUAGCAGCUGAAUGUGGACAGUCUUCUGUUGUCGAAUUUCUUACCACCAAAGUGGAAACUAAAGAAGAAAAAAUCAGCGCUUAUGAAUUGCUCGGUGCUUCGUUUGCAAAUGACAAGGAGCACUAUGAUGUCAUGAAAGCAUUUUUGUUUCUGUGUGAAGGUAUGCAUUUACGAUACAGCGAUCCUGAUAACAUCAUUACUAAAGAGGACUAUCCAUGUGUUGAAGCAUACAAUAAUAGACUUGAGUGCAAAACCUUUGGUGAACUAAAUGCCAUAAGAUAUGAUUUUGAAGCUCUACAUAUGGAAUGCCUGGCCAUAAGGGAGAGAAUUUUGGGACCCAACAAUCCUGAUGUUCCCCAUCCCAUCAUAUUCCGAGGAGCAGUGUAUGCUGACAGCAAGCAGUUUGAUCGUUGUAUAGCGCUCUGGUUACAUGCAAUGAAACUACGACAUGAUAAUAAAAGGUCAAUUGCCAAAGACCUGUUAAGAUUUUCCCAAGUAUUUGCACAAAUGAUUCACAUUUGUGAGCCUGUUUAUUUUGUUAAUGUGAAAGAGGUUUUUAAGUAUGCCAUGGCUGAGCUUACCAAUGAUAAAGAGAGGAUCCAGAAUUCAGAAGAAGAUGGUGAUACUCUUUUCGAGAUACAUCAAACAAAUAUCCAUACUUGCCUUUAUCUUCUUGCCAUUAUUUUAAAAACAACCCAUGAAGAAUCAGACUUAACAGAACUGUACUCCCUUGUUUAUCAGUUUCAGAAACUAAAGCCACUUUUAAAGAAUAAUUAUACUCCGUUACAUAUGGCUGUUGACAGUGCUACCUUAGUUGAUGACUUCCAUGUGAAUGACGUGGUGUCAUUUCCAGACAGUCGGGUUGCCCAGCUUUUGAUUAAAUGCGGAGCAAACGUCAAUGCACAGGAUAACGGAGGAAACACGCCCAUGCAUGCCCUUGUAAACAUCUCGCCAAAAACCAAUGCCAAUUCAAAAGAAGUUGAGAAUGCAAUUCACGUAUUGGUCGAUGCUGACUCCCAUUUAGACAUUUGCAAUAAAGAACGAAAAACAACAAUGGACUGUGCAAAGAGGGAAGAAGAAGCGACUUUGCUGAGGACAUCCUUUCAACUCUCAUUAAAAUGUCUUGCAGCCCGAUAUAUCCGCAAUAAUGGUGUUCCUUACCAUGGUCUUAUUCCUUUAUACCUAGAGGAAUUUUUGGCUCUUCAUUAAGUUGAUUUGUUUGAUGAAAAAACUUUCAGGAUUUUUUUAUGAACAUAUGGUUACUUAAGUUGUACAAUUUUUUGAAAAUUUUUUGAAAAUUUUUAUUUAAAGAUAUGUCCACCUUUUACCAAAGAGCAAACCCACAUAAUUGUGUUAAUAACUUGUUGCUUCAUCCAUUUAAUGCAUGACCUGCAGUAUUCUUCAUUUAAUUUAACUCAGCUGUAUUCAACAUGUUCAACAUUGAAUGGAGUGAUUUGGGUUUGGGUGGGAUUGGUUUAGGCAAGGUUAGCAUAUUCUCUUUGUUGCACAAAAUGAAAUAAUUAUUAUUAAGGCUUAAUUGAGUGCAUUAAUGGAAACUGAAUUAGAUCAUGUGUAAAACCCUUAACUGUUAUAAAAUUCAACAAUUAUGUAUAAGGGAAUAAAUUGUUUGAUAAAUUGCCAUGCACUAUGAAAAGUUUGAAAAAAAGACAGAAAAAAAAGAAAUUUGUGGAUCUCCGAACUAUUGAUAAGAUUUUAAAUACCUGCAACUAAAGAUUUUGUAAACGAUUUUUGUAUGUCUAUUAUUUUGUUGCUUGCAUUGUUACAUAUGUAAUUUAUUUGAUAUACAUCGGUAUUGUUUUAACA